CAAGAGGCAUGACAGGCCAGUAUGCACGAAGUUGAAACCGAACAUCAACAAAGCGGAAAAAUUAUGCUGUAUUUGUAGAUCAGAAGCUACUUACGUGUCAUUGCGUGGCUGCAAGCUAACAUUAGCUUUCUCAUCUUCAUCCAAGCUUUCUUCAAACGCUAGCUUACUACGAAUUCUGGUAUUGUUUUUAUAACAAUUGCUACAAAAUCCAGUGCAAGCAAUGGCCGAAGUCGAUUCAAACGAGCAACAAGUUUUAGAGGCCUUUAAAACCCUUCGCCUCAAGGCCAGAAAACUUGGAAUUAAAGAUUCUACGCUUUCAAAAGUCAAUUCCGUAAGCAAGCUUAAAAAGCCUUCCAGAGCAAUGUUUUUUGGAGCAAUCCUUGUUUGCGCUUUGGCUAUCGUUAUUGGCUGUGGCGUUCUUGCGUUCAAGAAAGAAGUCAUCACUGCAAGAAUGGUUGCGCAUUUUAUUGCAGACAAAAUCCUAGACUUUGAACUGGAAAAAGAAACYUGUUUCUUCCCAAUCCCUGAAAUUGUGCUGGACAUAUUUCGUCCACCAGUCGACUGUAGUAUUUGUAAAAACGUUAGUUCGGUUGACAGAGUACGAAACAUUUCUCCAAAAGAGUUUCUCGACAAGUAUGCUUACACYGCGAGACCAGUYGUGAUCGAAGACGGAAUGUCGAAUUGGACUGCUCACAAGUAUUUCAGUUUUGAUUUCUUUAAAAAGAUUUAUUCACCAAAUAGUCCUGUAAUGAAAAGUCGUGAUCCACAAUGUCAGUUUUUCCCGUACAAGACUAAUUUUGCGUCACUGGAAGAAGUAUUCCAGAUGCCGGAAAAAGACGCGAAAAUGGAGGGAAAGCCGUGGUAUAUUGGAUGGAGUAACUGCGAUUCCGAGGCUGCGAAUGUGUUACGAAAACACUACAAAAGACCUUAUUUCCUACCAGAAAACUCAGAAUCAAGUAAAACAGACUGGAUUUUCAUGGGCUGCCCAGGAUAUGGGGCGCAUUUGCAUAUUGAUCAAGUGGGAAACCCAUCAUGGCAAGCUCAGGUGAAGGGAACAAAGAAAUGGACCCUAGAACCACCCCCUGARUGUGCUCAUCAUUGUCCCCCCAGAAUGGAAACUAUUAUCCACCCUGGCGAAAUAAUUGUCUUGGACACCAACAAAUGGUUUCACCAAACGGAUAUUCUCAAGGGUGAGCUAAGUGUCACCAUUGGCUCAGAAUAUGACUGAAACAUUACAACAUGAAGACAAAAUUCCCUACAAGACCAUGUAGCCAAAUAUGGCUCCAUUUCAUUGGGUAAAUAAGAAACUGCAAGCUAGAAGGCAAUGCACUUUGUUUUCAAGCAUUGCUAAAGCCAUUCAGUAGAAAGAUUAUUCCAUGCCAAGAAUACCAAUACAUCAAUCUUAUCAGCUAUAGAGAGAUUCUCUUUAGAGAGACAUAACCUGGAAGAUAAUCCAUUUCCUAAGCCACUUUCACCAUUGCUGAUUAAAAGUGCUCAUAAAUAAUUUAUUAAUUUCUAAUAUUAUAAUUUAUUUUGUUAAAUUCAAGAAGUCUUUACAUGUAGACAAUGCAGCCUCCCCUUUUGUCGGGCUUCCACAAAAGGGGAGGCUGCGAAGGAGACUAAUUAAUUAGUAGAAUUGAAUAAGUAUAAACUCUAUUCUCCAACAAUUCUCCAUAUCUUGUAGUCAGCGUAGGUCAUUUCCACAGACAGUACAACAUGAGCAAUUCAUGAUCCAUAAAGAAGUGACAGCUCACAUUAAAUUAAGAAAUAAUACGUGUUUUGUAUAUAAUUUGUGAAGUAGCAAUAAAUCAAAUAUUUCAAAUAGG